AUGUGGGGGGGUAUGGGGGGGUUGGAAAGAUGGGGGGGUAAUGUUGUGGUUUGGGGGGGUGGGGUGAUUGAUGGGGGUAUUGUGAGGGUGGGUGGUGUGGGAGUUUUUGGGGGAUGGUGGGGGUUUGGGUUGGGGAAGGGGGGGGGGGGUAGGGGGAUGUGGUUUGGUUGGUGGGGAGGGGGGUUUUUGUUAGUGGUGGGGGGGGUGGGAAUGGUGAGGGGGGGGGGUUGGUGGGAGUGGAGAAUGGGUUUGGGGGUGGGUUGGGGGGGUUUGGGGUGUGGUGGGUGGUUGGGAAGAGGGAAAAGUAGGGGGUGGGUGGGGGGAAGAGUUGGGGGGGGGGGGGGGUGGUGUGGGGGAGUGGGGGGGAGGUUGUUUGGGGUGGUUUUUUUUGAUUUUUUGGGGGAUGGGAUAGUUGUGUUAGGAUAUGGUGGGGGGUGGGGGGGGGGGGAUAUGGGGGGGGGGGGGGGGGUUGGUGUGAGAGGGUGUGAUGGGAUGGUUUUGUUGUGGUUGUAUAUUUUGGUGAUUGGUUUUGUUAUGUUGGUUUGGUGGGGGGGGUGA